AAGCGACGUCGUGUGGUUUGACCUGCAGUUCACCUCCAGUACCGUGGGUGGCGCUGAGGCGCAGCGCGGUGUAACGUCUCGCUCGUCUGUGCGCAAACACACGUGUGAAGAUGGAGGAGGAUACGCUGCACUUUCAUGAGAUGGGUUUAGUUGAUCGGCUGUUAAAAGCUCUGGCGGAUUUAGGCUGGUCUCAGCCCACCCUCAUCCAGGAGAAAGCCAUCCCGCUGGCGCUCGAGGGGAAAGAUCUGCCGGCCCGAGCUCGAACCGGAUCAGGAAAAACCGCAGCCUACGCGAUCCCUCUCAUCCAAAGAAUCCUCACAUCCAAACAGACUGUACGUGAGCAGGCCGUCAGAGCUGUAGUCCUGGUCCCGACCAAAGAACUGGGUCAGCAGGUCCAAACCAUGAUCCGACAGCUCACUGCGUUCUGUGGCAGAGACGUACGAGUGGCCGACAUCUCCGGGAAAGCAGAUAUAUCGGCACAGAAGCCGAUUUUAAUGGAGAAGCCGGACAUUGUGGUGAGCACACCGUCCCGUGUUCAAGCCCACAUUAACUCCCAGAACCUGCAGCUUCAGUCUGCAUUAGAGAUGCUGCUGGUCAUCGACGAGGCUGAUCUUGUCUUCUCGUUUGGGUUUGAAGCGGACCUGAAAAGCCUGCUGUGUCACUUGCCCAAGAUCUACCAGGCGUUCCUCAUGUCUGCGACGCUGAAUGACGAUGUCCAGACCCUUAAGGAGCUGGUCCUCCACAACCCUGUGAUGCUGAAGCUCCAGGGCUCUCAGCUGCCUGACAGCUCUCAGCUCCAGCAGUACAGCAUCCGAUGUGAGGAGGAGGACAAGUUCCUGCUCAUCUACACCCUCCUGAAGCUCGGCCUGGUUCAAGGGAAGUCGCUCGUGUUCGUCAGAGAUGUGGACCGCUGUUACCGGCUCAAGCUGUUCUUGGAGCAGUUCAGCAUCCCUGCUUGCGUCCUGAACUCUGAGCUGCCCAUUCACUCCAGGUGUCACAUUAUCACUCAGUUUAAUCAAGGCUUCUACAAUUGCAUCAUCGCCACAGACGAACAGGGCCUGGAGAAUCCCGCUCGACGUUCCCAGAAAACAAAGGAGAAAGGAAAGAAGAAAAAAGGAAAAGACAAGGAAUAUGGCGUUUCCAGAGGAAUCGAUUUCCACAACGUGUCUAAUGUGAUCAACUUUGAUUUUCCCUCUUCAGUUGAGUCCUACAUCCACCGCGUCGGCAGAACAGCUUGUGCGGAUAAUCCCGGGAGCGCGCUGUCCUUCAUAUCGCAUACAGAAAUUCCCAUGCUCACGCAGGUCGAAAACACUCUUACUGGAGACAGCACACAUGACAGUGUUUUGAAGCCGUACGGGUUCAAAAUGGAAGAAAUCGAGGGAUUCAGAUACAGAUGCCGGGAUGCCAUGAGAUCGGUGACGAAGCAGGCGGUGAAGGAGGCCAGACUGAAGGAGAUCAAACAGGAGCUGCUCAAUUCAGAGAAACUCUAGACGUACUUCGAAGACAAUCCCAGAGACCUGCAGCUGCUGCGACACGACAAAGACCUUCAUCCCGCCGUCAUCAAACCUCACCUGAAGAACGUGCCCGAUUACCUGGGUAACAAUUCAUUGCCUUUUUAUUGAUCUGUAUAUAUGAUACAGAGACAAACAGAUCGUCAAAACACAUUUUCAUGUCUGAAAAGUCUCGUCAAUCCUCUGAAACGACGGAAGAAAAAGAAGAAUAAAGCAGCCGGCGUGAUGCUGAGCAGCUUUAAAAAGAAUUUGAGAGGUAAAAAUCCACUGAAGAGUUUUCGCUACACGAGGAAGAAGCGUGAAAAGAAGGCUGGGAAAUCCUAACGGCAAAAGAGCCUGAGAGACACUGGGUUUGGAUUGGGAUGUUGAGGAAAUCUUGACAUAACUAGUCUUCUGGACACUUUGAACUGUGACUGUCAUCCUGAACGACACGCUCCAGAGUCCAGAUCAUCAGAAUCAGACGUGCAUGAGGAUUCCUGUCUCACUGCGUGUGCAAAAUGAUUUUGAUGAAUAUUGAACAUGUAAUAUUGUAUGUUUCAUUAAUACUAACACUCUACUUCAUAAAGUGUCUUUUGUUCGGAUUUUGUUUAUAAAGUUUUAGUGCUACAACAUGUUUUC